AUGAACGUUCUAGUAUACAAUGGCCCAGGGGCAUCUCCUGAUUCUGUAAAGCAUGCGCUAAAUACCCUUCGCCGCUUGCUAGAACCUUUUUAUGCGGUGUGCACUACCAACGCCAGGGUGCUCCAAACUGAACCAUGGGCGGGCAAGACUUCUGCAGUUGUUUUCCCAGGCGGUGCAGAUCUUCCUUACACCAAGGAGUGCGCCUCGGUGAUUUCACAAUUGAAGAAGUUUGUUUCCAAGCAAGGUGGAACUUUCAUUGGGUUUUGUGCGGGUGGUUACUUCGCAACCAACUGCGUCGAAUUUGCGCAAGGCGAUCCUCAGCUGGAAGUCGUAGGCAAAAGAGAGCUUAAGUUUUUCCCAGAUACCGGACGGGGACCUGCCUUCCAUGGUUUCAAAUAUAAUAGUGAGGCGGGUGCCCGCGCUGCUUCCCUGCGGCUUUCUAACGGGGAAGAGCUUAAGACUUACUAUAACGGCGGCUGCGUGUUUGUCAACGCUGAAAAGUAUGAAAAUGUCGAAGUCUUGGCCCACUACAAUGAAGCUUUGGAUGUCCCCUACUCCCAGGACCCCUCUUCACUGGGCGCGGCGGUUGUGCUGUGUCAAAUUGGUAAGGGCCGCGCGCUUCUUACAGGGCCCCACCCAGAGUUUGUUCCAAAACUGCUUCAAAAAACUAAUGACGAUAAAUACAAUUCCUCAGUCGUCGAAGUUCUCCUGGAGUAUGAAAAGGGGAGGCUAAAUUUCAUGAAGGACAUCCUUACAAAGGCAGGACUUCAUUGUAACAAUGAUUUUGCUGACAGAGUAGCUCCUAGCUUGACACCAUUAUUAGUCAUGGCAUCCAGUAACAACCACCUCAUCGAGGAAUUGGAGAACAAUGUGAGAAAUAGUGACGGUAUUUUCGAGGAUGGUGCUGCCAUUUUGGAAGGGGAAACCGACUCUUUCCGUAUCUACAAAGGCUUUGAUCAAUACGAAGCUGCUAAAUCUGAACUUUUGGGUGAGGAGCCUGAUGAGGUUCCAAAAAGCAUCAUUAUCAGCUCAGCUAGUGAGCCAUUUGCUCCACGCAAGCUUACUCCAAAUUUUGAUACUGCGAAGUAUUUCCAGUAUUUGAAUCCACAGAGCUCUGUCGGCUCUCUGCUCAUGUAUGGGGAGGUCAUUACUUCGACAAGUUCCUUGUUAAACAACAACAAAAAACUCUUGUCGCUAUUUCCACGCAACUCGAUGCUUCAUGUUGGUACUAUACAGGUAUCUGGCCGCGGUCGCGGGGGCAACACAUGGGUCAAUCCAAAGGGUGUAUCUGCAUCUACUGCAUGCAUCAAUCUGCCGCUGGUGUCUCCAACAACCGGCCGUCCUGUUUCAAUCGUCUUUGUUCAGUAUCUUGCAAUGCUCGCUUAUUGCAAGGCAAUUUUAAGUUACGCUCCCGGGUUUGAGGACCUGCCUGUAAAAAUUAAAUGGCCCAACGACCUUUACGCUAUGAAGCCAGAAUAUUACCGCACGAAAAAGCUGCGCUUGACUGGAAGGGGCCUAGCAGGAAGCAAGACACCACUGACUGACGUCGAACCAGCUUAUGUUAAAAUAUCAGGACUGCUGGUGAAUACCAACUUUCUCAACAACUGCUACUCUCUCCUGCUUGGCUGUGGUCUCAAUGUAUCGCAUGACGGCCCCACCACAUCCCUCAAUUCAUGGGUUAGCAUCUUAAAUAAAGAAAGAGAAAAAGCCAAUAUGAACCCACUUCCUUUUGUGGAAAUUGAGAAGUUGCAGGCUCUUUACAUGAACAAUUUGAAUGUUGUGCUCGACACUUUUUUGAAUAAGGGACCUGUUUCUGUGCUUCCGGAAUACUAUGAUCUUUGGCUGCACAACGAUCAAAUAGUCACUCUCACUGACCACCAAAAUGUGAAGGCCAAGAUCGUGGGUAUCACGAAAGACUACGGUUUGCUCAUCGCUAAAGAAUUGGUUUCGGGCACCAAUACACAAUUCACAGGAAACGUAUAUCACUUGCAGCCCGACGGUAACACUUUCGAUAUUUUCAAAGGUCUUAUCUCGAAAAAGGUUAUUUGA